AUGUCUUCUGGUAUGACCAACAUGGCCCCAAUAGAAUUCUCUAGUGUUGAUGGAUAUCCUAAUGUUAUUCCUAACCCUUCUGAUCCUUCUUUACCAGCUGAGGGCAAAACAUCAAUUUUGUGUGAAAAUGUGACUAUGUUAAAUAAAACUGAAGGUGCUGAUAAAACGUGCAUAGAGAAAAAUUACCAAGGUUUCAGGAAGAUUGAUAGAUGUAGCCAAAAUAUGCUGCGCAAUGUUGUGGAGCUCCAUAUGGGAGAUGAGAAUCUUGAUAUUCCUGCCAAAAUUGAUAUGGAAAAAGCCCUAAAGGAGUUGGAUGCUCGUAAUAUUCCUACCAAUUCAACUUCGGUGCCAGUUGAUUCUGGAAAAAUUGACAAUCAAUCUCCAAAUUCAAGUGCUUUUUGUUCUGAAUUUGAGAUGCCAGGUCCUAGAAUUACUUCUGAGUUUGAGAUUCCAAGUCCUAGAAUCCCUUUUGAUUUUACCUUGAAAACCAGCUUGCGGUUGGUUUUAUCAUCCUCUGUUAAAUGGUGUCACAGGUCAUUUGCAACUCCUUCAAUUGAUGCAAGUUGUAAUCCAUACAGCUUGUGGUCAACAACUGUAGAUGGUGCUACUCCCCAGGUGAAAUUCUAUAAAUCACUGCACUCAUGGGUAUAUCCUCAGUCUUCUCUACCUGCUUCAGUUGUGUCAGUUUUGGCCUCAUCUGCUGGAAAGGAUGACUCACACUUUUGGCUGAAAAGGCAGCAGGAUUGGGAAGAUUCGUUUCGAAGCCUAUACUACAUGCUAAGAAAGAACAUUUGUAACAUGUUCUAUGUUUAUACUGUGCAGUUUGUGGUUUUGUUCAUUGGGGGCAACUUACUUGGGAAAAAGAAGCGCUCAUGUAAUGCUUACAUAUCACAAUCUACACAUGGUCUACGAUCCUUGCUAAGAAAAAAUAAAAUAAGUUUUACUAUGCCAUUUGGUGAAGUUGAAGUGGAUAGAUCAACUGAGGAUGACUUGGUUGAACUUAUGGAAAUUGAGAAGAAAAGAUUGGGCCAGAUUUUCCAUCCAAAAUCUACAACGGGGGAAGUGGAUAACAAUACCUCUCGGUCCCUCCUUUCAUUUAGUGGGCAUGAGGAGGUCCAAUCCCUAUAUGAUAUACUCAUAAAUUAUAGGGAAACCUUGAAUUCCUUUACUGGUUCAGAUGUUCCUGUCUUGUAUGCAUCUGUCCCAUUCCAGAAUGCAACUUUACAUGUUCCAGAGAUGACAUGUAAGGAGAUACGGAAAGGUGAUAUGGUCGUUCCUUCAUCCAGUGGCUCAGAUGCUAGCUAUACAGAAACUAUACCUGGUAUAUCCGUCGGUGAUCUUUGCUUUAGUGUCGAACUAAAGGAUGCAAUUAUUCCGCCAUGGGUUGUGUAUGGUGUUUGGUCUGUGAUGAGCUCUGAGGGGACUACUUUCCAGUCUUUUCUGAAGACGGAACCUACUUCACUUGCCCUAAAUGUUGCUCUCAAAUCUAUCUGCUCUCAAAAAGAAGUGCCUGAUGGUAAUGCCUUUGGGCUUCCUGCUGCGGUUAUGAAUCCUUCUCUGAGAGGUGCAAUUCUGGAGCGGCUCAGUUUUCUGAUGGUGUUUAUACUGCUAACAUCACUUCCAUCCUCGAUGAUUAAAGAAACCAGUCCGGUAAUGGAAAGAUGUUCAAGCAGCUUGUGCGUCCGGAAGUCGGAAUCAGGCCGUGGUGCCUGUGUUCACUAA